AUGGGAAGCGGCGGGCGAUGCAUGCGCCCGACCGACCUCAAGGAUCGCAUUGCCUUCGACCUCAAGGAUGUCCACGAAGUAUUGCAAACCUCCACUUUGCUUUUGUUCGUUCUUGGCACGAUGGCUCCAGCUUCUGAGUAUCCCCGAAAGCUGGAUCAAAUCUUGGACGCCUCAGAUAUUGAGUACUUGAAGAAGUUCUUUCAUACGCAAGUUGAGACGGAAUGGGAAAGGAACGAGGGGUUGGCGAAAGCGCGGGGUCUUCCCAAACCGCGGCGCUCCCUGGAGUAUUAUACCCUCUUGAGGCAGCUGCAAGGCAAGCCCAGAGAUGCAAGCUUGGAAAGGAUCAUCUCCAAGCUCUACGCCGUCAUUGAGAAGCAGUUUGGCCCCGGCUUCGUGAUUGUGCAUGACUUUUGGUCAUGGCGCACUGCCCAGAAUGUGCCAGCAGAGUUCAUACACCAUGAUCCGGAUUUUUGGGCCACGGGACACCAUGAUGGGUUCAACUUGUGGAUUCUGCUGGACCACAAAAACAUGGCCCACUCUUUCGACAUCUUCUUGGAGCAGGACAAUCCGGAGCUGUACAGGAUUGUGAAGAACAAAGCUGGCCGUCUCUUGCCAGAAAAGUCGGGUGCCCGCCUCACAGAGUGCCCAGGAGUCUUGUUUUGGGAUCCCUUGAGCUGGUGGCCGGUGCUCUACGAGUGGCCUUAUACCCGGACCUUGGCGAUGGUCAUGGGGGUUGCUCUCAACAAGUUCUGGCAGAAGUCCCAGAAUUGCAUUAUGUACCUGAAGCAGAGACUUCCCACCUGGAGCUUCCGUUGUGUCUUGGGCUUGACAGGUUGGUUGUUCCGGCUGACUCCACUGCCUGCUGGCUUGGUGUUGAAAACCCAGCGCUUUGGGCUGGAGGUGGGUGAUGCUUUGGUGCUCCGACAGUAUGAGUUGCAUACCACAGACCAGGAUCCAUUGCAAGACCAUCAGUUUCGCUUGGCGGUGGGUGUCAAAGUGGUGCGUCAGGGCCCGAUCGUCCAGUAUUGCUACACAGGCCCCGCCUCCAGAAUCCGGCGAAAUUACCCCUGCCUCCGCUGGGGACUCGGGCAAGUGCUCCCAGAUUUCUAUCGCUGCGAGCUGGACAUGGAGCCUUACCCAGAAACGUGGCUCACGCGCUUCCUAUUCUCCGCUACAGCUGAAAAGGCCCUGGGCGACUCCGGUGCGAAGGUCUUCGGGGAGGAGCCGGAGCCGCCCAGCCGGGAGGACGACGGAAGGCUGCCAGUGGCGCUGAGGCUGAAGCAUGGCAAGGAGCAUUCCCGUCUCAACUGGGUGGGGAUGCCCUUGGCGCGCGACAUCCCCCUCAAGAUGGUCCCGGACUACGAGCAUGGCAACCCCAUGUUUGCGGAAUGA